AUGAGCCAUUCAUCCAGUUUACUCUUCCAUUCGAAGAGUUCGGCCUUGUAUACGUCGCAUUAUAUCGACUUUGGUGGAGCAACUGGAGGCGAUCUCUCUCGGAAUUUCUUUUCGACACUACACAAGGACACAUUUCGCGGUUUAACACUGCUGAAAGAACUUGAUCUCUCUAACAAUAUUCUUAAUUUUAUACCAGCUGAGCUAUUCAAGGAUUUGGAUAGCCUUAUCCAAUUACGUCUUCAAAAUAACCAGCUGGAAAAUUUGAAUACGGUAACAUUCUGGAAGCUUCGCAAUCUGAACUUAAUAGAUGUUAGCAAAAAUAUAAUAUCCGAAAUACCAAUAAAUUUAUUUUGCAACGUUCAACGAUUGAUUGUUAUCAAUUUUAGUGAUAAUAGAAUAAAGCAUUUUCCGCCUGGUUUGCUUCGGGAACAAUUAGUCUUAGAAGAUUUGGACAUGUCACGGAAUGAAAUUCUUGAAUUAAAGUCUGGAAGCUUAAGGAAUUUGAAAGGAUUAAAAAUUAUCGACUUUUCAUACAACUCUAUUUAUUAG